AGCUUAUCACCAUUCUAAAGUCUCUCCAAAUUUAACAAAUAAUGAAAAUUCUAAAAUCAUCUCUGAAUGGUGGAAAAAUGAAGAUGAAAUAGUAAAAUUGCAAUGGGAAAAACUUGCCGAUCAAAAGAAGCUUGAGCAUAUGCAACUUCAUCCUGACUAUAAAUAUCGACCUCAAACUGCUAAAAAACAAAAAAAAUCGCAAUAA